CUCCGCGUCGUCAAGGCAAAGCACGCGCAAAUCCACCCCCGGCGUCGUCGUCUCCAAGCAAGCGAAGAGCGCCCGCCCCUCGAGAUCUCUCGGCCUCUCCCCCUCCCCGCGCCGCCGCUAUGGACGCCGUUGACUCGGUGGUCGACCCGCUCCGGGAGUUCGCCAAGGACAGCAUCCGCCUCGUCAAGCGCUGCCACAAGCCCGACCGCAAGGAGUUCACCAAGGUCGCCGCGCGGACUGCGAUCGGCUUCGUCGUCAUGGGAUUCGUCGGCUUCUUCGUCAAGCUCAUCUUCAUCCCCAUCAACAACAUCAUCGUUGGCUCCGGCUGAUCCACUUCCCUCUGGCUAGAGGCUGCAGGUGUGGACAAUGGCGUCACUACCUUGGAGGCAGCACCAUUUUCAGCCCUGAUAUCAGUAAAGAUCCGUUUAGGACUUGUGUUGUUAAGGACAACCUCCUUACCUUUUUCUCUUGAGGACUUGUGGUACACCUGGAACUCUUUUGUACCUGAUGCCGAAUGGGUUUCCGUGAAUUAGCGGGUAACAAAAUUGAAUGGUUACCAUGUCUUCUCGAUUGUUUUAUGGUGCGGUA